AUGUCUGAAGAGAUAGUCACUGGUAGUGUGCAUAGUAUUUGCUCUUUGAUCGAUGAAUAUACUGCUUGCCGCGAUGUGAAGAAUGUAGAAGAACAAUUCAUUUUGUUAUACCAGUGCAUACAAGACAGCGACCUACCUUAUGUGGUCCAGUGGGUGUGUAACUGGCUAGGAAAACUUUGUUUGUUAGAUGACAGUAGUGUACUUCCCGUAUUUGAACAGGGACUACUUGAAAUAUCCACUUCAUUUGACUGUGAUCAGUGCGUUCUUCUCCUUCAGGGUUGCCUUAAUACCUAUAGUAACGUGGGAUAUUUUACUCGAAUUCUUAAAGCCAUAUCUGUUUGUGCUAUUAAAAUCGAAUUAAAAUACUUUGGUCGGAUCAAGGGGGUCUUUAAUUCCUGUGAGGAUUCAGUAAAAAACUUUGCUGGCAAUGAUUUAUCCUGUGCGCUAUAUGCAUCUGCUGACUUAUUUAGAAAUAUAUUUUCUCCAACUUCAGUUAGGCUGUUAAAUCCUGCUGAUAAGUGUUUUUUACGACAUCAUAAUUUGUACAUGAUUUCUAUGUUACUGUACACUGAUUCCAAAGACAAAGAUGAGCUCCCUACGCUUUUUAUGAAAAAUCUUUCGAAUGUAUGUGAAGGAUUGUACACGUUUUAUUUAUCAUGUCGUAGACUACUUCUCACAUCACCAGAUACAGUUUUGUACGGAAAAACAGCUGCUUCCGUUAUAGUACCAAGUUGGAUCCAGCUACUCUACUACUUUUUUACUAGUCAUACACAUGAACUGUACAAGUUUUGGCCAUUAGUUUUUACUCAUGAAUACUGGAUCGAUUUAAUCUGUCCUCUUGUACAUUUCUUGCUGGAUGUAUCCAGGAGUAAUUCUCGGUUUAAAAGUUGCAAAGCUGAUUUGAUCGACUUCAGCGAAGAAAAAUUUCACCCUGACAGAUAUUUCAGGUUAAGACAAUUUGCCUUGCAUUUUAUUGGGAGCCUUUUUAGAAAAAACCGUUGUUCUCUUCAACGUGCUUGGUGGGAUCCUCACCGGUUUAAGUUGUUAGAGUAUCUAGAAGUUCUUGCUACCGAACCAGUAUCUAACGAAACUCUCCCAAAUCAUAUAACCCAAGCAAUCAGUUAUAUUGAGCAGAUUGUCUCGUCGUCAACCUACCUCGCUCGAUUCCACAUCUACGCUAAAUUCCUGGAACCCACUCAAGAUAAUGUACAUCAUGGUUGGCGUGGCCACGUUAUCACUCUAUUCAAAAAUCAUUUACACAACCUUGUGCAAAGCAUUAUUGAUUCUAAAGUUCAGUCUGAAGUAAGUGACCCAGAAAACAGUGCUAAUUCGUGUUACUCAGAAGACGUCAAGCGUAUAUUUAAAUACGUAUUCAGGUAUCCAUUACCAUUCAGUUCACAGGAAGAUUUGAUUGAUGAAAGCAGCUGGUUACUAUCUGCCUUGAACUUAGCUUUGUAUGUGUUUAUGAAGUCCAAAUCAUAUCCUUCACCAUUAAUAUCCUAUAUUGUGAAGCUUAUGACCAUUACUUCUGAUGGGAAAAUAAGCUACUUUAGCGAAUUCCUGUGUAAUUUAAAGUCAUGUUUGGAUCAACAUAUUGCUCAGUAUCAAGCACGUAUUUCUGCAUUCCAAACGACCUUGUGCAAUACAGGCGACACUAAAGAAACAAAUCGUUUAAUAUCAGAACUUGGCGUUCAAGAAAGUAUCAUGCUUCGUUUGCGUCUUUUAGAAAUGACUUUCCAUCAAACUCAGACGUUAUAUCUACAAUUCGAAUCUACCAGUUACAUGUAA